CCGCCGCCGCCGUAGAUGCACAGGCUCUCCCUCCUCCCCGCCGCCGCGUCCACCUUCAUUGACGCCGCCACGGCGCCCUUUCUGCUCCCCUCCUCCUCCAUGCCCUCCCUCCGCCUCGGCUCCCCCGCGCGGCUCCUCGCCGCGCGCCGGGGCCCGCCGCCGUCGCUGCGCUGCGCAGGGGGGGCGAGGAAGGGGACGUUCUGCACCCUCGAGGCGGCCUCCAGGCGCGGGGGGGACGCCGCCGGGUCAGAGGAGGAGAGGCGGGGCGGGGACGGGCCCCGCGCGGUGGCCGAGAGGAGGCUGCGGGGCGUCGGCGCCGUGGCCGGCAGCGGGGAGCUCCUCGCCAUCCCCGGGGUCGGCCCGCGCAACCUCAGGAAGCUCGUCGACAACGGCUUCGAGGGCGUCGCGCAUCUCAAGCAGCUCUACAGGGAUAAGUUCUUUGGAAAGUCUAGUGAGAAGAUGGUUGAGUUCUUGCAGAGCUCAGUUGGCAUCAUACAUAAGAAUCAUGCUGAGAGUAUAACUUCAUUCAUCAAAGAGAGUGUUGUUGAGGAGUUAGAGGAUACCAACUCAUCCAAGCCUCCUCAGAAGAAGAGGCUAACCUUUUGUGUGGAAGGAAAUAUCAGUGUUGGAAAGAGCACCUUUCUCCAGAGAAUAGCUAAUGAGACUAUUGAACUACGUGAUCUUGUAGAAAUAGUACCUGAACCUGUUGCUAAGUGGCAGGAUGUCGGCCCUGACCACUUCAAUAUACUGGAUGCAUUCUAUGCCGAGCCCCAAAGAUAUGCUUACACAUUCCAGAACUAUGUCUUUGUGACAAGGGUUAUGCAAGAAAGGGAAUCUUCAGGUGGCAUCAAACCUCUCAGACUAAUGGAAAGAAGUGUUUUCAGUGACAGGAUGGUAUUUGUCCGUGCUGUUCAUGAAGCUAACUGGAUGAAUGAGAUGGAGAUCAGCAUCUAUGAUUCCUGGUUCGAUCCAGUGGUGUCAUCGCUCCCAGGCCUUAUUCCAGAUGGAUUUAUUUACUUAAGAGCCAGCCCAGAUACUUGCCAUAAAAGGAUGAUGCUCCGAAAAAGAUCAGAGGAAGGUGGUGUUAGCCUUGACUACUUACAAGGUUUGCAUGAGAAACAUGAGAGCUGGCUAUUUCCUUCGAAAGGAGGAGGCAGUGGUGUAUUAUCAGUUAGUCAGCUGCCCACGCAUAUGGAUGGCUCCUUGCCUCCAGGAAUACGGGAUCGUGUCUUUUACCUGGAAGGAGAUCACAUGCAUUCUAGCAUCCAAAAGGUUCCUGCUCUGGUCUUGGAUUGUGAACCUGACAUUGAUUUCAACAGAGACAUACAAGCCAAACGAAAAUAUGCCCAGCAAGUUGCGGAGUUCUUUGAAUUCGUGAAUAGCAAAAAGGAAGCGCCAUCCGAGCAGACAAGCACUGAGAAGGACCGCAUGAAUCCCAAGAUCAUGUUCCCUAAUAGAGGUGGUUUGUGGGUCCCUGACGGGGUGCCACCUUUCGCCGGCUCUGCAAUGAAUCUGGAUUUCAGAAGGGCCAUGUCUUCAUAUCUCCCAACUUGAGACUUCAGCUUCGAAACUACCCGGGCCUGUUUGGUUGAAUGCUAAAAAAGUCAUAAUCAUGCUAACUUUUUUCGGGAAUGAGCCUACUUGCGGCCAAGGGAGAAAAGAAAGAGCCACAAGUGUGGCAUGCUGAGCUAUACGAUGACCAAGUCUAAUGACACACGUGCCAUGAGGCUAAGCAAGUUGUGACAGUCAACCAAACACAAGACCCUCAGCUCACUGACCUUGUAAAAAUCGCUGAUGUUUUUCCGUAGACUUGUUAGUUCGCCUAGUGCCUAGCCGACGAUGUAGAGUAGUAGUGUGUCUGCGCCUCCGUCUUGUAAAUUGGCCCUCUCACUGGUAGUUUCAUAUUCCGUGGUAGCACGAGCUUCUGUUUGUCUGCACUAUGGUGGUGUACCGCAUGUUUUGUUGCUGGCUGCAUUCUGUUCGGAGGUUUCAGAACUGUUACACCGUCGUUGGCUUAGCACGUUGUCCACUUGCUUCU